CCGGGGCGCGCUCUCGGCCUGCUUCCAGGUCAGUGCGGAGUGGAUCCCGAGCGGAUCCCGAGCGGAUCCCGAGCGGUCCCGGGCGGCGCGGGGCCUGGGCCGCAGCCCCGCCGCGCAGGCAGCAUGGAAGCGCUGCUGCUGGGCGCGGGGCUGCUGCUGGGCGCCUACGUGCUCAUCUACUACAACCUGGUGAAGGCCCCGCCGUGCGGCGGCCUCGCCAGCCUGCGGGGCCGCACGGCCGUAGUGACGGGCGCCAACAGCGGCAUCGGGAAGAUGACGGCGCUGGAGCUGGCGCGCCGCGGCGCGCGCGUGGUGCUGGCCUGCCGGAGCCGCGAGCGCGGGGAGGCGGCGGCCUUCGAUCUCCGCCAGGAGAGUGGGAACAAUGAGGUCAUCUUCAUGGCCUUGGAUUUGGCCAGUCUGGCCUCCGUGCGGGCCUUUGCCACUGCCUUCCUGAGCUCUGAGCCACGGCUGGACAUCCUCAUCCACAAUGCCGGGAUCAGCUCCUGUGGCCGGACCCGGGAGCCCUUUAACCUGCUGCUGCGCGUCAACCACGUCGGCCCCUUCCUGCUCACACACCUGCUGCUGCCGCGGCUGAAGGCCUGUACCCCGAGCCGAGUGGUGGUGGUAUCCUCAGCGGCCCAUCGGCGCGGGCGCCUUGACUUCACACGCCUGGACCGCCCGGUGGUGGGUUGGCAGCAGGAGCUGCGGGCAUAUGCCGACAGCAAGCUGGCCAACGUAUUGUUUGCACGGGAGCUCUCCACCCAGCUUGAAGGCACCGGUGUCACCUGCUAUGCAGCCCACCCAGGGCCUGUGAAUUCGGAACUAUUCCUGCGCCACGUUCCUGGAUGGCUGCGCCCACUGUUGUGUCCACUGGCGUGGCUGGUGCUGCGGGCACCCAGAGGGGGAGCCCAGACACCCUUGUACUGUGCUCUCCAGGAAGGCAUUGAGCCCCUCAGCGGGAGAUACUUUGCCAACUGCCAUGUAGAGGAAGUGACCCCAGCUGCCAGAGAUGACCGGGCAGCCCGCCGGCUGUGGGAGGCCAGCAAAAGGCUGGCAGGGCUUGGGACUGGGGAAGAGGCUGAACCUAAUGAAGACCUGGAACCCGAGGACCCAGGGACCCCUUCUCCUCCCAACAGCCCCCAUCCUGAGGAGCCCACGGUUUCUGAAUCCCACCACAGCCCAGACUUGUGUAAACUCACACACCGACUUGUGGUUAAAGCUGAACCUGAGCCCCAAACCUCCUAGUGCCCCGUGGCACUUGGUAGCACUUAAAAACCAUAGGUGUGUGCCAGCCUGGGUGGUUGACAUUUUUUGACUUCCGUGGUUCCUGCCUGGGGCUUGAAGGUAUACCCUGGAGCCCUGUUCUCUGGGUCGAAGGAACUAACGGGUAAUUAUUUCUUCCCCAGAAAAUCAGCCACCCCAGACUGAGAGGUGGGGAGUCAAGUGCCAGGCGCUGCUUCUCUUUAGCUGUCCUAUUCUUAGGCCCGCCUUGCCCUCGGUGGUGCCGCU